CUCGUCUGCGAUCUCCAAACAGUUUGUCUUCGUUAAAGAGGCGAAAACAUUCAGUGAUGCGCAGAUGUACUGCGGACGGUUUCACGGCGAUCUGGCGAGCGUUGAAGACGCGGCGGACUCCAGCCGUCUGCAGGCCGCGGUGAGCGGGAUCACGGAUCCGAGCGCGUGGAUCGGCCUGAAGAGAGGCGAGCCAGACUGGUUCUGGUCUCUGUCCGACAGCACUUUCUACGGGGAAGGAGAAGCCGAGUACAGAUGCUGGAAAAACGGACAGCUGGACAACGCCGGAGGAAGCGAAAACUGCGGCGCCGUCGAUGACGCUGGAGAGUUUUGGGACGUUUCGUGUGCAAGUCGUUAUACGUUUAUUUGUUAUAAUGGAAAGGAAAAUGUCCUUCAGAGGUACGUGUUUGUCAGUCAAAGCAAGAGCUGGAGCGAUGCGCAGACGUUCUGCAGGCAGAAGCACACGGAUCUGGUCAGCGUGAGGAACCCGGAUGAGAAGCAGCUGAUCCAGGCGUUGGUGCCGCAGAGAGCUCUCGUGUUCAUCGGGCUGUUCAAAGAUUUGUUCAGAUGGUCGGAUAAGAGCAGGUCCUCAUUCAGACGCUGGUCUGUUGGUGAACCUGAUGGCUCUGGAGCUUGUGUUCUGCAAAAACUGUCCGAUAUAAACACAUGGGCUGAUCAGAACUGCGCUGAAACAAGACCAUUCAUCUGCCAAGACGGAGUGAAGAUGCAGAUCCUGAAAGUGAAGCUGAAAUCGGGUCAGAAUGUGAAUGAUCCUGUGAUAAAGGUGUCCAUCAUGGAGAAGAUCCAGCAGAAACUCGUGAGUCUGGGGAUGCCUAAAGAUGCCAAGCUACAGUGGAGAGUUCAGUCUGACGGAGAGAUCUUCCAGCCACUGGAGAGUCACAUGAAUUCACGCAGAUAACAUGUUGAAAAGACCUGACAGAUAUCGACUGACUCUUUGUAAAACAGGAAACAUAUAUUUAUGUACAG